CCGUGGAAGUCACCCCCGCUCCGAGGCUCGCCCGCGCUUCUCGCCGACCCCUGGGGCUCCCGCAGCCCGGGAAGGAGGCCACUCCCGGCCGGGCGCCAGCUCUGCAGGGCGGACCUGCAACCCGGAAAGGCGGCGCGGCGGAGCCCGGAGCCGGAUCCUACUCGGACCUGGCCCCCGCGGGCCGGCACCGCUGGCAUGUCGGAGGCGCGGAAGGGGCCGGACGAGACAGAUGAGAGCCAGUAUGACUCGGGCAUCGAGUCUCUGCGCUCUCUGCGCUCCCUGCCCGAGCCCACCCCGACCCCAGCCUCUGGGCCCGCGGAUGGCGGCGGCCCCCAGCCCUGGACUCAUCCUCCGGGAACAGCCGAGGAGCCACAGCAGGAAGACACAGAUGGGGAGCGAGCUGACUCCACCUAUGGUUCCUCGUCGCUCACCGAGCCCCUGCCCUUGUUGGGGGGCACGGAGACCGAGAACCCAGCCCCACGCUCGCCGCUCGCCGCCGCGGGGGCCCUGAGCCCUCAGCAGCUGGAAGCACUCACUUACAUCUCCGAAGAUGGAGACACGCUUGUCCACCUGGCGGUGAUUCAUGAGGCCCCAGCUGUGCUGCUGUGUUGUCUGGCUUUGCUGCCCCAGGAGGUCCUGGACAUUCAGAACAACCUCUACCAGACAGCACUCCAUCUGGCCGUACAUCUGGACCAGCCCGGUGCAGUUCGGGCCCUGGUGCUGAAGGGGGCCAGUCGGGUGCUACAGGAUCGACAUGGUGACACAGCCUUGCAUGUGGCCUGUCAGCGUCAGCACCUGGCCUGUGCCCGCUGCCUGCUGGAGGGGCGGCCAGAACCAGGCCGAGGACCACCCCACACCCUGGACCUCCAGCUGCAAAACUGGCAAGGUCUGGCCUGUCUCCACAUCGCCACCCUGCAGAGAAACCGGCCGCUCAUGGAGCUGCUGCUUCAGAACGGAGCUGACAUUGACACGCAGGAGGGCACAAGUGGAAAGACCGCACUGCACCUGGCUGUGGAGACCCAGGAGCGGGGUCUGGUGCAGUUCCUGCUCCAGGCUGGUGCCCGGGUAGACGCCCGCAUGCUCAACGGGUGCACACCCCUGCACCUCGCGGCGGGUCGGGGCCUCAGCAGCAUCUCAUCCACUCUGUGCGAGGCAGGCGCCGACUCCCUGCUGCGGAACGUGGAGGACGAGACUCCCCAGGACCUGGCUGAGGAUCCCUUUGCUCUUUUGCCCUUUGAUGACCUGAAGAUCUCUGGGAAGCCACUGCUGUGUGCCGACUGAAGCCAGGGCAGAGUCUGGGGCCCCGGAGACUCCAUCUCUUCCCAUCUGGAAGCUGGAGCCAUAGCUGCUGCAGUUUGGGCCCAGACAAUGUGCCCUCUUGGUGUCCUGGGGACUGCUGAGGCCACAGCCUGGGGCCAGCACAGUCCUGAGCUGAGAGGAGGGAUCACAAGUGAGCGAAGGCCAGUCUGGAAGGAAGACCUUCCUGGGUGGACGGGGAUUCUUGAAGACUCCCAAAGCCCCGGGUAUCCUGGGCGAAGCCUGUUUGACUCUAAAAGAAGGCAGGGACUCUUGUUUCUACCCAUGUCUGGUCAGCCUGAAACGGCCAACCAGUAGGAAAACAUGGACUCUCCUGCGUGAGGAGAGAAACUGAAAUCAGCAAGCAGGACCCUGAGGGGUUCCAUCUCACUGCUGUGGAGGACUCUUAAACACUGUUGUUUAAAGACUUCACACCGAAGGCCCUAAACUGAGCCUUUGGGGAAGGGGAAGUUUCAAUAACAUGACACUAAAACAGCAGAGACCUUUAAAAAGUUUCCACC